GCGGGAGGUGGCGGCCAGGGUGGGAGGUGUGUGCGCGCGUGUGUCGCGCCGUAGGGAGCUGCGGGUCUCACCGCCCGCUGUCAGCUAGCUCAGCAUCGCCACGCGAUGGCUGGAGGAGACGCGCGGGACCAGCCCCGUGGGGCCGGUCGCGGGUGAGCCCCUCUGCCGCCUCCUGCGAGCAUGUCACCUCCAGCCUGCGAGGUCCCUUUCGCUAGCUGUGUCCGCGCCUCCGCCUCCUGCAGCCGCAGCCGCUGCUUGGAGCUGUGGCCCCCGGACCCCCGCCCCUCAUCCGCGCCCAGACCCUAGUGCCAGAGGACCAUGGCUGGCCAGGGCGACUGCUGCGUCAAAGUGGCGGUCAGGAUCAGGCCCCAGCUGUCAAAGGAGAAGAUUGAAGGCUGUCACAUCUGUACCUCUGUCACCCCUGGGGAGCCCCAGGUUCUGCUGGGGAAGGACAAGGCCUUCACCUAUGACUUUGUCUUUGACCUGGACACCUGGCAGGAGCAGAUCUAUUCGACUUGUGUGAGCAAGCUCAUAGAAGGUUGCUUUGAGGGCUAUAACGCCACGGUGCUAGCCUAUGGACAGACAGGGGCUGGGAAGACAUACACUAUGGGCACCGGCUUCGACACAGUGACAUCAGAAGAGGAGCAGGGCAUCAUCCCAAGGGCCAUCGCACACCUCUUCAGGGGCAUCGACGAACGCAAGCGGCGGGCACAAGAGCAGGGCGUGACUGGGCCUGAGUUCAAAGUCAGCGCCCAGUUCCUGGAGCUCUACAACGAGGAGAUCCUUGACCUGUUUGAUAGUACGCGUGACCCUGAUGCACGCCACCGCAGGUCCAACAUCAAGAUCCACGAGGACGCCAACGGUGGCAUCUACACCACAGGUGUCACUUCUCGGCUCAUCAACUCCCAGGAGGAGCUGAUCCAGUGCCUGAAGCAGGGCGCCCUGUCACGAACCACAGCCAGCACCCAGAUGAAUGUUCAGAGCUCCCGGUCCCAUGCCAUCUUCACCAUCCACCUGUGCCAGAUGCGAGUGUGUGCCCAGCCUGACCUGGUGAACGAGACUGUGACGGGGAUUCCUGAUGGAGCAGCCCCCACGGGCACCGAGUAUGAGACACUCACUGCCAAGUUUCACUUUGUGGACUUGGCCGGCUCCGAGCGGCUGAAGCGGACCGGGGCCACCGGUGAACGGGCCAAGGAGGGCAUCUCCAUCAACUGUGGUCUGCUGGCCUUGGGCAAUGUGAUCAGCGCCUUGGGGGACCAGAGCAAGAAGGUAGUGCACGUGCCCUACAGGGACUCCAAGCUUACUCGCCUGCUCCAGGACUCUCUGGGGGGCAACAGCCAGACCAUCAUGAUCGCCUGUGUGAGCCCCUCGGAUCGGGACUUCAUGGAGACGCUUAACACUCUCAAAUAUGCCAACCGGGCUCGCAACAUCAAAAACAAAGUGGUGGUGAACCAGGACAAGACCAGCCAGCAGAUCAGUGCGCUGCGAGCUGAGAUUGCACGCCUGCAGAUGGAACUGAUGGAGUACAAAGCGGGCAAGCGGGUGAUUGGGGAGGACGGUGCAGAGGGCUACAGUGACCUGUUCCGGGAGAAUGCCAUGCUACAGAAGGAGAAUGGGGCUCUGCGGCUUCGCGUGAAGGCCAUGCAGGAGGCCAUCGAUGCCAUCAACAACCGGGUCACACAGCUCAUGAGCCAGGAGGCCAACCUGCUUCUAGCCAAGGCUGGUGAUGGCAAUGAGGCCAUUGGCGCUCUGAUCCAGAACUACAUCCGGGAGAUUGAGGAGCUCCGAACAAAGCUGCUGGAGAGUGAGGCCAUGAAUGAGUCCCUCCGCCGAAGCCUGUCACGGGCCUCUGCUCGCAAUCCCUACUCCCUGGGAGCAUCUCCAGCAGGCCCAGCGUUUGGGGGCAGCCCGGCCAGCUCCAUGGAAGAUGCUUCUGAAGUGAUCCGAAGGGCCAAGCAAGACCUGGAGCGGCUGAAAAAGAAAGAGGUUAGGCAGCGGAGGAAGAGCCCAGAGAAAGAGGCCUUCAAAAAGAGGGCAAAACUCCAUCAGGAAAAUAGUGAGGAGACCGACGAGAAUGAGGCUGAGGAGGAGGAGGAGGAGCGAGACGAGAGCGGCUGUGAGGAGGAGGAAGGGCGUGAGGAUGAGGAUGAAGACACGGGCAGCGAAGAGAGCCUGGUAGACUCAGACUCCGACCCCGAAGAAAAGGAAGUCAACUUCCAGGCAGACCUGGCGGACCUGACGUGCGAGAUUGAGAUCAAGCAGAAGCUGAUUGACGAGCUGGAGAACAGCCAGCGGCGGCUGCAGACGCUCAAGCACCAGUACGAGGAGAAGCUGAUCCUGCUGCAGAACAAGAUCCGAGACACACAGCUGGAGCGCGACCGCGUGCUGCAGAACCUCAGCACCAUGGAGUGCUACACGGAGGAGAAGGCCAACAAGAUAAAGGCGGAUUAUGAAAAGAGGCUGCGGGAGAUGAACCGGGACCUGCAGAAGCUCCAGGCUGCCCAAAAGGAGCACGCCAGGCUGCUCAAGAACCAGUCCCGCUACGAAAGGGAGCUGAAGAAGCUGCAAGCGGAGGUAGCGGAGAUGAAGAAGGCCAAGGUGGCCCUCAUGAAGCAGAUGCGUGAGGAGCAGCAGCGGCGACGGCUGGUGGAGACCAAGAGGAACCGGGAGAUUGCUCAGCUCAAGAAAGAACAACGGAGGCAGGAGUUUCAGAUACGGGCCUUGGAGUCUCAGAAGAGGCAGCAGGAAAUAGUCCUGAGGAGGAAAACCCAGGAGGUUUCUGCACUAAGGCGCUUGGCAAAGCCCAUGUCUGAGCGAGUGGCUGGGCGUGUAGGAUCGAAGCCCCACAAUUUGGAUUCUGGGGCUGAGGUAUCUGCCAGCACUACCUCGUCUGAGGCUGAAUCAGGAGCGCGCUCUGUCUCCAGCAUAGUGCGCCAGUGGAACCGGAAGAUCAACCACUUCCUGGGAGACCAUCCUGCAGCCACUGUCAAUGGCACCCGCCCAGCCAGGAAGAAGUUCCAGAAGAAAGGGGCCAGCCAAAGCUUCAGUAAGGCUGCAAGACUCAAAUGGCAGUCCCUGGAACGGAGGAUCAUCGACAUUGUCAUGCAGAGGAUGACCAUUGUCAACCUGGAGGCUGACAUGGAGCGACUCAUUAAGAAAAGGGAGGAGCUAUUCCUCCUACAGGAGGCCCUGCGGAGGAAGCGGGAGCGUCUGCAGGCUGAGAGCCCCGAGGAGGAGAAGGGGCUGCAGGAGCUGGCUGAGGAGAUGGAAGUGUUGGCAGCCAAUAUUGAUUACAUCAAUGACAGCAUCACUGACUGCCAAGCCACCAUCAUGCAGCUGGAGGAAACCAAGGAGGAGCUGGACUCAACAGAUACGUCAGUGGUCAUUAGCUCCUGCUCACUAGCUGAAGCCCGCCUACUGCUAGACAACUUCCUCAAGGCGUCCAUUGACAAGGGACUACAGGUAGCACAGAAGGAAGCCCAGAUCCGGCUGCUGGAAGGACGACUAAGACAAACAGACAUGACAGGCUCUUCCCAGAACCACCUCCUCCUAGAUGCUUUGCGUGAGAAGGCCGAGGCACACCCUGAGCUGCAGGCCCUCAUCUACAAUGUGCAGCAGGAGAAUGGCUAUGCGAGCACAGACGAGGAAGUCUCAGAGUUCUCUGAGGGAAGCUUUUCCCAGUCAUUCACCAUGAAAGGCUCCACCAGCCAUGACGACUUCAAGUUCAAGGGUGAGCCUAAGCUAUCUGCCCAAAUGAAGGCUGUGUCUGCAGAAUGCCUGGGACCCCCACUGGACAGUUCCACCAAGAACAUUACCAAGUCCCUGGCCUCCCUCGUUGAGAUCAAAGAGGAUGGAGUGGGCUUCUCUAUCCGGGACCCCUAUUACCGGGACAAGGUCUCACGCACGGUCAGCCUGCCCACCCGGGGCAGCACUUUCCCUCGACAGUCUCGAGGUGGCACGGACACAUCCCCUCUGACCCGAAGAAAGUCCUAUGACCGGGGGCAGCCUAUCAGAUCCGCAGACAUGGGAUUCACACCUCCAUCGUCACCUCCUACUCGGCCCCGCAAUGACCGCAAUGUCUUCUCUCGUCUCACCAGCAACCAGAGCCAGGGAUCAGCACUGGACAAGUCUGAUGACAGCGACUCCUCUUUGUCGGAGGUCCUGAGGGGCAUCAUCACCCCCAUCGGCGGAGCAAAGGGAGCACGGACAGCCCCAUUGCAGUGUGUCUCCAUGGCCGAGGGCCACACCAAGCCUAUCCUCUGCCUGGAUGCCACCGAUGAGUUGCUUUUCACGGGCUCCAAAGACCGUAGUUGCAAGAUGUGGAACCUGGUAACGGGGCAGGAGAUCGCGGCUCUCAAGGGCCACCCCAACAACGUGGUUUCUAUCAAAUACUGCAGCCACUCCGGGCUGGUCUUCUCUGUGUCCAGCUCCUACAUCAAAGUGUGGGACAUCCGGGACUCGGCCAAGUGCAUCCGGACCCUCACAUCCUCGGGCCAGGUGAUCUCAGGAGACGCUUGCCUAGCCACAUCUACACGAGCCAUCACCAGUGCCCAGGGAGAGCAUCAGAUCAACCAGAUGGCCCUCAGCCCCUCAGGCACCAUGCUGUAUGUGGCCUCUGGCAAUGCGGUCCGCAUCUGGGAGCUUAACAGGUUCCAGCCUAUUGGCAAGCUGACAGGCCACAUUGGCCCGGUGAUGUGCCUGACAGUCACCCAGACUUCAAACCAGCAUGACCUCGUAGUGACUGGCUCCAAGGACCACUACGUGAAGAUGUUCCAGCUGGGUGACUGUGUGAUGGGCACCAUUGGUCCAACCCACAACUUCGAGCCCCCUCACUAUGAUGGUAUCGAAUGCCUGGCCAUCCAAGGAGACAUACUGUUCAGUGGCUCCAGGGACAAUGGCAUCAAGAAGUGGGAUCUGGAACAGCAGGAGCUCAUUCAGCAAAUCCCCAAUGCUCACAAGGACUGGGUAUGUGCCCUGGCCUUCGUUCCUGGCCGGCCCAUGCUGCUAAGCGCCUGCCGGGCAGGCUUCAUCAAGGUCUGGAAUGUGGACAACUUCACACCCAUUGGUGAGAUCAAGGGCCAUGACAGCCCCAUCAAUGCCAUCUGCACCAACAGCAAGCACAUCUUUACGGCCUCCAGUGACUGCCGGGUAAAGCUGUGGAAUUACGUCCCUGGACUCACCCCCUGCCUUCCUCGACGAGUCCUGGCCAUAAAGGGCCGCGCCACCACCCUGCCCUGACCCCCUCCCCAACCCACCCCCUUUCCUCUCUCAUUCUUCCCUCUUGCCUUUUCCUGUCUUUCCCCCACCUCGAUCUGAGCUGCUUCUUCACGUGACCUGACAGUGAAGUUCUGGAGCAUGCGGCGGCUACCAGCAGCCCACCCUUGAAGUUAAGGCUGAGGGUGGCCAGACCCUCAGACCCAGCGGCCUCCACAGCUCGGGAAGGAAGCUGUGCCCCCACCUGACCAGACCAACCAGGUGUACUGAGGACAGAGGGUGUGGCCCUGCUCUGGCUCUGCUUCCUUUCACUGUCCCCUCUGUCCCUCCCCUGCCUCCUGUGAAAGGAGAGGCUGGGGAGGGAGUAAGCUGUGAAGUCAAGGGCAUGGCCCCUCCUCCCCGGUUCCUUGCCCUCCCCACAACUGGUCACACUGUCUCCCGCUGAGGCAGCCCUGCCCUUCCUCUGGGCUGCCAGCCCAGGGUGACACUGUGAGGGAGCAGCCGUUCUAAGCCCUCCCCCACCUAUCUUCCAGUGAGCCAGCCUCUUCCAUGCCUCCCCCACCACCUACCUAUCUUCCUGUGAGCUAGCCUCUUCCAUGCCUCCUAGCCCCACCUCAGGAGCCACUGCACCUGCCUCUGAGCCCACCAACGUAGUUCUCAGGUAACCAUGGAAACCAUAUGUAAGCCGCUGAGUCCUGCAGCUGACCCUAUGGCCGCCAACACCCAACACCAGUGGGGCCCAGUCAUUCCUUGGGGUCCCCUUCUGCUGAGGCCUCAGUGGAGCUGCUCUUACAAUUCCUUUUGGGGGAGAAGGUCAGCAAUAUCACAGUUAUUUAUUUUUUAUUUUUAUGUUUUGCUGUUGCCUCCUGGAAACUGACUUGAAGUUUCUUCCCGUCUUCUUCCCUCCGCCCUUGGUGGGGGUCUUCUCUCUGGAGCUCCAGCCCCUGCCCUCCACCUCCACCUCCACCCUCCUUUGCUUGGUGUGCACAGGAGGGCGGGGCUUCUUCCAUCCUUUGCAGCUCUGGCCACUGCUCCGGCUCUGCCCCGCCCCGGCAUGCCUUCUAGUAUAGCCCAGGUCUCUAGGCCGCCUGAUGCCGCAGUGCCUUCCUCCAUCCUGAGGCCUGGCAUCAUGCUGGGCAGCCUUGUGUCCGCAGCCCACAUGUGUCUUCUACCUAUGGGUGCCCACAGACUCUGAAGGUCAGAGACCACCCAAGACCAUCAGUCCGCGACCAGGGAACUCAGGCUCCCUUGAGUCCUGUGUGGCCCAGUGGGAUGCAGCUUGGUGGACUGUCCACUAGGUAGCGGCUUCGGUAGUAAGACUACCAACCUAACCCCCAGCUAAUUAUAUCUCCGCCCCCAAGGGGACAGGGAGCCUCCUCAGCUUCUUUUCCACUAGUUGUUCUAGAAACAGAUUUUCAAGCCUUAAAACCAGCCUGAGCCGAAGGCCCUCCCUCUUAGAUUAGCACAAGGAGGUUCACACUCCUUCCUUGCUUCUCCUGCGGGGCUGUGGACUCAGCUGCAGGGAUGAGGUGGAAUGAGUGUCUGGCACCCCCUAUCGGGACAGGCCUUGAGAAGGGGUCAACUCCAUUCCUCACCCCUGGCUUCCCCUGCCCCAAAACUGGUCCAUACUUACUCUACUGCUCCGCCAGCUCUCACAUUCUGGGAGCGGUGAAUGCCAGCUCCAUUCAGAGGACAUGGUGACGUGUGGACUUUGAAGAGUUAGCGUAGUGUGUCUGUACUUGUCUCUUCUCCCUUUGUGGCCAGGUACCUCGGUGCCUGUCUGUGUGGCCCUAGAAUGGGAGGGUCCCUGCUGAGGAUAGACCCUCUCUGAGCCAACCCAGAGCUGUGUCUGAGGCUGCAACUAAGAAGAUGUCCCGCUUAUUGUGGCCCCUGCUGGACAUGGUGUUAAGUCUGGGUGUGUGGAUACUCAGAACGAUGCUCCUGGAAAGCGGGUCACCUGGAACCUAGACAGUCUGCUGCAGUGACCAGAAAUCCUCCUUCCUCUGCUCAUCCUGGGAGUGCUAAGAAACUGCCUUAGCACUCAGAAGUGACCGCGUCUUCUCCUCUAUCCUCUCUCCCUGAAUGGAAACCCUGCACCUCACAUCCUGUAAGAAAACCCAGAACCCAUCUGCAUGACUGUUUACAAAUUAGAGAAACACACGCGACUUAUCCUGACCCCAUGGGCUGGGCUGCCCAGCCUGGGGUGCCUGUACUGUAUAGCUGCAAGGCCAGUUCUUGUACAAAGUGUGGUCUUACAGCCCCGCGAGAGGUGCUCACCGUCAUUGCCCCUUCUGCCGUUUCUGAUGGGCCACUACCUCAUGGCGGGGCUGCUAUGCUGUCCCAGCAAGUGUCAUUGACUAAACUUGAAAUACUUCAGAGCUCUGAGCGCAUCGUCCCCCAGCCAUUCUGAGCUGUGUUGUGGGAAUGUUGGAGUCCCUGCCCACGCUGUCAGGGGUGUCCAAGGUACAUAGUCGGGGCAGGCCUCUAGCUUUACUCAUUGCACAAGAGUCCUACGUGUUGGAAGCACAAAAUAGCUGUGAUUUGAGCACAAUAGUAGGUCUCUGGGUAGACAGUAUGGGCAAACUUAGGCCCAGGAGGUUUUAUGAUUUGAGCACAAUAGCAGGUCUCUGGGUAGACAGUAUGGGCUCAGUCGUUAGUUAGACUAGGGAUGCCCCUGACUCACCCAUGUGCCCAUCCUAAGACUUGAGACCCAGGCCACAUCUGUAUGCUGUGGGGCCCUCCCUAGACACCCAUACCCCAGGCCUCUAAAAACCCGCCUAUAGCUGUAUCCCACCAUACUGAGCCUGAAGAGCCUGGACCCAGGCUCGCAUCUUCUGAGCUAACCUCCAUGUUCAUGCUCCCGGAGCUGAUCGGCUUCCAUCUAGAUGGAAGCUGUCUACUGCCCCCACUCUUAGGCCGUCUCUGCACAGUCCUGGGCCAGGAACCAUUCCAGUAUUAACCAGCUCAGUGUUUGCUCUUGUUGGAGAGACUUGACUCUACAGCGGCCAGAUCCUGGAAGGCUGUGCCUGGAGCCCGCUUUAGAGACUGCCAAGGAGGGAGAGAAGGCAAAGAACGAGAAGCUGACCCUGCCCAGCCCUUGAUGUGGUCAGAGCGCCACCACCAGCUACUUAAAAAGGGACAGCUGUGGAUCUAUAGCCUCCCCACCUUUGCCCCAGCUGCGGGCUUGGAAUUGUCUGAGGCUGUGUGGCUUGGGCAAAGGGCAGUUUAAAGCACAAAACCAUGUGUGGAGGUUGCUGCCUCACUGGGACAUUCUCGUGCUGCCCAUUGUGGUGGUAGCACGGGCAGGAAGCUGUAAGGGCAUUAUCCCCUGCCCCGCCCUCUCCCCAUUCCUGAAGGCCUCCCCUGGAGUCUGACGGACUGGGUGCAGCCACACGCCCUUGGCUGACCCUGGUUUGUUUGUGUGGGCAAGACCUGCCCUGCAGGAGCAAUGAAUCCCUUCCCACCAUGUGGCCUGAACCUGUGGCAUCUGAUCCUCUGUCCUUUCAAACAAGAGACUGCUCGAUGUGUCCUUUCUUGGAGCAAUGGUGGGUGACCCCACUGAGCCCAGCUGUCCCCUCCUGGGGCCCAGGUCUUCACAGCUCCUCAAGUGCAAGAACAGAAAGCCCAGAUUCUUUGACACCUUUUUCUCUCCCUGUGCCCACCCCUCUUCAUCUCCAGCACCCAGCUUCCGCCUCUCCACCUUCGAUUGUGUGUCCCAAAGGCUUUCUCGGAAAGUGGGAAAUCGGUACUGCUGAAAGUCAUAAAAGACCACCGAUGUCUUAGUGCCCUGCCCUGCCCUCCCGACAGCUCCUACAGCUGUUGCCCCUGCCCGGGGCUGCGGGGCCUCCUUUGGCUCAUGCGCUCUCCUGUGCCAUGGUAGCACAAGGUGUGUAUAUGUUUUGUACCUCUGCUGAUGACUGUACAUAGUGUAUGAAAGUUAUUUAAACCUCACGCUGUACAUUUCUGUUAUGGAAUUGGAUGUGUGUGCUCUGAGGAUUUGUCAUAAAUAAAGCUCGAAUGACCA